CCGCUCGGUCAGGAGGCUACGGAGCGAAGUGCUGCGGGAAAAAAAAGAAUUUCGCCCUCAGGGGGAACUGUUGGGCUUUGGGGGGGCCACUGACAGGGCAGGGAAACCUGAAAGAGUCAGACUAAUCAUCGUGGGAUUUGUUUACAGUGACACAGAUAGAGCCUUAUCCUUUAAGAUGUGUAAAAAAAAAAAGUUGCACUGAUGAAGUAGAGUGUUUCUGAUGGACAGUAUUUACCUGUAGACUCGACAGGUCCCAGUGGACAGUCAACAGAAGAGAAGGACACACACCUGUGGAGAAGCCAGCCUCACCGGUUCAGCCAGACUGAAACUGAGGGAGCGAGAGAGAGCGGCAGCUGCCGAGGAGCCGGGAGGGGACACCGUGUCCAGGAUAGUGCUGCGGCAUUCUUCUUUUGGGAAGGGAAGGGGAGAGGAGCUGCGGCUGAACAGCAGCCAUGCACCGCUUAAGGACUACAGUUGCAAGGCUUCGGCCUUUAACGGCUGCACAGACAGCUCAGAGCCUACCACAGCCCAGACCGCUGGCGGUGGAAGGGGGUGUAAGGACGUUUCAGCCUGCGAGGUGCUUGAAUGCGUCUGUGGCUGCUGAGCCCUUUCUUAAUGGCACCAGCUCUAACUAUGUGGAGGAGAUGUACUACGCGUGGCUGGAGAAUCCCAGGAAUGUGCACAAGUCCUGGGACAUAUUCUUCCGUAAUGCUAAUGCCGGGGCUCCACCUGGUGCGGCCUACCAGAGCCCCCCACCACUCAGUGGGACUUCUCAGGGACUGACCAGGGUCCAGGCGCUGGUGGGGGCUCAGCCCAACGUGGAGAAGCUGGUGGAAGAUCAUUUAGCAGUACAGUCACUCAUACGAGCAUAUCAGGUACGAGGGCAUCACAUAGCGAAGUUGGACCCCCUGGACAUCAGCUGUGUGGACUUUGACGACGCCCCGUGUACCGUCGGUUUCCAGAAUGUUGAGUUCUCUCAUUACAAAGAACGUCUCUGUAAUCUGACUGCUGAAGGUUUGUAUGGGCUGGCUGAAUCCGACUUGGACAAGGUGUUCCGCCUUCCCACCACCACCUUCAUCGGCGGCAGCGAGAGCUCUUUGCCUCUCAGAGAGAUCAUACGCCGCCUCGAGACGGCCUACUGUCAGCACAUUGGAGUGGAGUUUAUGUUCAUUAACGACGUGGAGCAGUGUCAGUGGAUCAGACAGAAGUUUGAGACCCCGGGAAUCAUGCAGUUCAGCCUGGAGGAGCAGAGGACUCUGUUGGCCCGAAUGAUCCGGUCCACCAGGUUCGAGGAGUUCCUCCAGAGGAAGUGGUCGUCGGAGAAACGUUUCGGUCUGGAAGGCUGCGAGUCGCUCAUCCCCGCCCUCAAGACCAUCAUCGACAAGUCCAGUCAGAGCGGAGUGGAGAGUGUGAUCAUGGGAAUGCCUCACAGAGGUCGACUGAACGUCCUGGCUAACGUGAUCCGGAAGGAGCUGGAUCAGAUCUUCUGCCAGUUUGACUCUAAACUGGAGGCUGCAGAUGAGGGAUCUGGUGACGUGAAAUACCAUUUGGGGAUGUACCACAAACGGAUGAACCGGGUCAGCGACAGGUACAUCACCAUGUCGCUCAUGGCGAACCCGUCCCACCUCGAAGCCGUGGACCCAGUGGUGCAGGGAAAGACCAAAGCAGAGCAGUUCUACUGUGGGGACACUGAGGGCAAGAGGGUGAUGUCUGUCCUGCUUCACGGUGAUGCUGCGUUUGCAGGCCAGGGCAUCGUGUAUGAGACGUUCCACCUGUCUGACCUGCCCUCCUACACCACCCACGGCACCAUACACGUGGUGGUCAACAAUCAGAUCGGCUUCACCACAGAUCCCAGGAUGGCUCGUUCAUCUCCGUACCCUACAGACGUGGCCCGCGUCGUAAAUGCUCCCAUCUUUCACGUCAACGCAGACGACCCGGAGGCUGUGAUGUAUGUGUGCAACGUGGCGGCCGAGUGGAGGAACACCUUCCAUAAAGAUGUGGUCGUAGACCUGGUGUGUUACAGACGCAACGGCCAUAAUGAGAUGGACGAGCCCAUGUUCACCCAGCCGCUCAUGUACAAGCAGAUCAAGAAGCAGAAAGGGGUCCUGCAGAAGUUUGCUGAAAAACUCAUCGCUGACGGAGUCGUCACGGCACAAGAGUACGAGGAGGAAGUCGCGCAGUACGACAAAAUUUGUGAGGAGGCCUACGCUCGCUCCAAAGACGAGAAGAUCCUUCACAUCAAACACUGGCUGGACUCACCGUGGCCUGGUUUUUUCACCCUGGAGGGUCAGCCUAAAAGUAUGAGCUGCCCUUCGACUGGCAUCAGUGAGGAGGAGCUCAGCCACAUUGGAAACCUCGCUGCCUCCGUCCCGGUGGAAGAUUUCAUUAUACACGGAGGUUUGAGUCGUAUCUUAAAGGGCCGUGCAAACAUGGUGAGUCAGCGCGUGUGCGACUGGGCUCUGGGGGAGUACAUGGCCUUCGGCUCUUUGCUCAAAGAUGGGAUCCAUGUGCGCCUCAGUGGGCAGGAUGUGGAGAGGGGCACGUUCAGCCAUCGACACCACGUCCUUCAUGACCAGAAUGUGGACAAGAGGAUCUGCAUCCCCAUGAACUAUGUCUCCCCUGAUCAAGCUCCUUACACUGUCUGCAACAGUUCUCUGUCUGAAUAUGGAGUCCUGGGCUUUGAAUUGGGCUUUGCCAUGGCCAGUCCCAACGCGCUGGUUCUGUGGGAGGCCCAGUUCGGAGACUUUCAUAACACGGCUCAGUGCAUCAUCGAUCAGUUCAUCAGCUCAGGCCAGGCCAAGUGGGUCCGACAAAACGGCAUCGUGCUGCUGCUUCCUCACGGCAUGGAGGGAAUGGGUCCAGAGCACUCGUCUGCCCGUCCUGAAAGGUUCCUACAGAUGUGCAAUGAUGACCCUGAUGUUUUCCCCAAACUGUCAGAGGACUUUGCCGUGCGUCAGCUGUACGACUGUAACUGGAUCGUUGUCAACUGCUCGACUCCUGCAAACUACUUCCACGUUCUCCGCAGACAGAUCCUGCAGCCGUUCAGGAAGCCUCUGAUAAUAUUCACUCCCAAGUCGUUGUUGCGCCACCCUGAGGCCAAGUCCAGCUUUGACGACAUGCUGCCGGGAACACACUUCAGACGUGUCAUCCCAGACGACGGGCCUGCAGCUUCCAGCCCAGAAAAGGUGAAGAGAGUCAUUUUCUGCACCGGAAAGAUCUACUACGAGCUGACCCGGGAACGGAAGAACAGAGGCAUGGACGACGCUGUGGCUGUCGUUCGCAUCGAACAGCUCUCACCGUUCCCCUUCGACCUGGUGAAAGCAGAGACCGAUCGCUACAUGAACGCUGAUCUGGUUUGGUGUCAGGAGGAGCACAAGAACCAGGGCUACUACGACUACAUCAAGCCCCGCAUUCGUACCACCAUCAGCCACACCCACCCUGUCUGGUAUGCUGGUCGUGAGCCUGCAGCAGCUCCAGCCACUGGGAACAAACAGACUCACCUCAUGGAGCUGCAGCGUUUGCUGGACACGGCGUUCGAUCUGGAGGCGUUCUCAGGGAAACUGUGACGCGUCGUCCGGUCGUGCCUCCGCUCACCCACAGCACACGUCUGUCCCUCCUGUCCAGCUUCAGUCCCCCUCAGACGGCCUUCUCUCUUUGCCUACACUGUUUUGCAUUGAUGUGAUUUUUUUUUUUUACAUAUCAGACCUGUUAACAGGUGUAAUCUUCAAACCAAACGCACAAUGACUUUAAACACUGUUACUAUGAAGACCUCAUGUUCACAGUGAUGGACUCGACUAGAAAAAGCUGCAUUGAAUGUAUAACUUUAUACAGAAUUAAUUUUUAAGACAAAGAGUUUUAGAUUACCAGUUUUAUUUUUAUUGUAUUGAUUAUAAAAUAAUAAUCUCUGAUCCAGAAUCCUGCAAAGACACAGCACACUAUCAGAAAGAUUAGGUUUUAGAGGAACUACCAGGGGAAAUUAUGGUUCACCUGUUUAACAUUUUGGGAAAUUAGCUUGUUCGUUUUCUUUCCAAGAGUGAAAACAGAAGAUCAAUACCUUUCUCAUGUCAGCCUGUUAGCUUAGCUUAGCACAAAGACCGGGGGAAACAGCUAGCCUGGCUCUGUCCAAAGGUAACAGACUAGCAUGUCCUCUAAUCGGCAUGUGUUCAGAGGGGAAGCCCACUGUUUACAUUUCACACACACUCACCUCUUUUCUUAUCCUCUGUUUUCCAUUGUUCAUAUCUCCUGCUUCCACUUCCUAUUUAUUUCCUCCUGUUGUUCACUCACCGCGUCACUGUAAACAUCUGUUUGUGCCAAACAUCAACUGAUUACUUGAAAUGAAAGUUUCAUUUUAAUAAAAACAAUCACGAAUCUCAUCAUGUCUUAUGUAAAGACAUGAUGAGAUUCUCCUCAGAAUUGAAGGAUGUAUUUAUUUUCAUACACUGUUGUAUGUUUUACUGUUUUCAGCAAAUAAAGAUGAUACUUCCUGUUGAA